UUUGUGACAUCGCACAACUGCCAGCCAAACUUUUGGCGAAAUGUCUACCCGGAUCCGAGGACCUCCUGCGGUCUCUACAAGCCCUUGGUCACACGGGAUCCGGAUGCCAAGCAAUCGGAUCGGAUCGAAAUUGGUCCCGAUAACCACGACACCAUCACCAUGGCCGCCAUCGAUGGCAUCCAUCUGGGUACCUCCACCAACGGACUGCGCUACACGCUGCCCGGACGUGUUGGCGACGGCUCGAUUCCCGGCUCCGCUGCCUAUGCGGAUAACGAAGUGGGCGCCGCUGUGACCACUGGAGAUGGAGACAUCCUUUUGCGCUUCCUGCCCUCUCUCCUGGCCGUGGAGGCCAUGCGGGCGGGCAAAACACCGGCGGAGGUAGUCGAGUUGGUCAUCCAGCUCCGGAAGCACGUAGAUUUUUUUGAAGUCGCCGUUAUCGUUGCAAACCGGCUUGGAGCGUACGCAGUCAGGUGCCACGGUACGGGCAUGGCCAGGUAUAAUGGAGAGUUUGCCUACAUGGUCAGUAGUCCGGGACAAUCGGUGCGCACGGAAUCGGUUCCGUGCUCAGCGAAUCCUGAGAAAUCUCCUUCCGAAGGCGAUAGAUAAGUUAUUUGGUAA